AUGUGCUUCCACCAAUUUGAAGAUCACAUUGCGGUAGUUGAUGAUAGAGACACUGUAUGUAUCUGGGACUGGCAAAACCAUGCACGCCUCAGCCGGUUUUCCAAUGGCAAUCCAUUAGGGUCGAAAAUAAAUGAAAUUCGAUUCAUCAAUGAGGACGACCAAGCACUUCUGAUGACUGGCUCCUCAGACGGUGUUCUUAAAAUAUUCCGCAAAUAUGAAUCCAAAUCUGAAGUUGAGAUUGUAACAGCAUUCCAUGCUCUCCCUGACUUGAUCCCUAGCAACAAAAAUGCUGGCUUGGUUUUCGACUGGCAACAAGGGCAAGGGAAAGCACUUGUCGCUGGUGACGUUAAAGUUAUUCGAGUUUGGAAUGCGGCCACUGAAGUUUGCACUAAUGAUAUAUCUGCGCGUUCGGGUUCUUGUAUAACGUCCUUGACAUCUGACCAGGUCGCUGGGAAUAUUUUCAUCGCCGGAUUUGGCGAUGGCGCCGUGCGAGUGUUUGACCAACGCCUGAAGCCUACAACUGCUAUGGUCAAAGUGUGGCGAGAGCAUAAACAGUGGAUCACAAAUAUCCAUAUGCAACGGGGAGGAGUCAGAGAGCUGAUUUCUGGUAGCCGAAAUGGCGAGGUUCGUCUUUGGGAUUUGCGAAUGGAUACGUCAAUAGACAUAAUCCACGCCACUAGAGACACCUUGCGAACCCUAGCCGUGCAUGAACACGCACCUGUAUUCACCAUUGGCACCAACCGCCAUGAGGUUAAAACAUUCAAUACCGAUGGCACAUACCUCUCAACAUACGAACCCCAUGCUAGUUUUCUGCACUCUAAUAGAUCCUCUCCCAUCAUGAGCACUGCCUUCCAUCCCCACAGGACACUUCUGGCUUGUGCAGCUCUCAACGAUAACCAUAUCAAUCUUGUUUCAUGUUAA